AACCCAACAAACCAAAUUGAGUGGACCAAAAUUUGCUUCCAAAAAUUAACAAAACAAAAAAAUAUAAGAGAGAGAGAGAGAGAGAGUGGGGGAUGAAAAAGGAAAAUGAAGAAAGAUGAGGAGAAUGAGAAAUAGAAGAAAUAAGCGAAGAGCACUCCACUCCGAUCCGGAGACCCGACCUAUUCGAAUCCUAAAAAACCUACUGCCCCUUUUGACCGCUCUCUCUCUCCUCCAAAUUAAACUUCUCACUCUUUUACCAAAACUAACCUCUCUGCCUUUUUCCUUCUUUUCUCUCCUAAUUGUUCGUUUUUUUGGCUUCCCCUUCUUCCUUCCUCCCUUUCUUCUUCCUCUUCGACUAUCUCUUCCCCUCCCCAUCCCAUGACCGUCCAUUAAAACCCUAAUUUCUCUCUCCCCCUUCUUCCCACCCACAACAAUCUUCACUCUCCACUCUCGAAAGGUAGGUUACUUACCGUACUGAAUCGUCUUCUCAGUUCAAUUAUUUUCCUCUUUUUUUUUUUUGGUUUGGUUUCUGUUUCCCUCUACCUGGCUUUUGUUUUCAGUCUUUUUGAUUCAUCCUGUUUACAGUUUCCGCAUGUUGUUUCUGGGUAUGGUUUUUUUGAUCCCUCUAGCUCGAUCUGCUUUCCCUUAUAGGUACCAAAACCGAGCGAGGGGGAUUCCUAAGCGUACGGAUAUAUGUCCUUCAAUCAAUCAAGGUCGGAUAGGAGUGAUACCCAGUUUCGGAAAUCAGGGCGAUCCGCCAGCUUCAAUCAGCAGCGGAACACCUCAGGCGGCCCUCCUCACGGUAGAGGCGGCGGCGCCGGCCCCGCCCCUUCACCGUCCUCCUCAUCUAAUCUCUCUUCCAACCGCAGUUUUAAAAAACCUACCAAUGCUCAUGGUGGACAAUCGAGGGUGAACGCACCAGCAGCUAAUUCUGCCGAUUACGCCAGUGCUGUUUCGGCCCAUAAUGUGCAGAAUGGCGCUCGUGUUCAACCCCCAUUACAAGGUCAUUCUGCUGGGACAGCUGCAAAUGAGGUUGCUAGGCCAACUGAGGCUCCAGUUUCACAGAGGAGCACCCGGCCAGUUCCAAAGGCUCCAACUUCUCAAUCUUCCGCCUUGACCCCCGAUAGCGGUACACUAGCUACACCUGUCAAGGGUGAUGUGCCCAAGUCAUUCCCGUUUCAGUUUGGGUCCAUAAGUCCUGGUUUUAUGAACGGGAUGCAGAUUCCUGCUCGAACUAACUCAGCUCCCCCAAACUUGGAUGAGCAGAAGCACGACCAGGCACGCCAUGAUGCAUAUAGAUCUGCUCCUUCAUUACCAAAUCCAAUACCAAAGCAGCCACUACCAAAGGAUACUGUCUCUGCUGACCAAUCAAAUAUAGUGGAAUCUCAUUUGACUCCCAAGACCAAGAAGGACACACAGAUCUUGCCUUCACCACCUGUAAGCCAAACACAAAAGUCUUCGGUUCUUCAGAUUCCUAUGACCUCCGUCCAGAUGCCGUUUCCCCAGCCACAGGUACCUGUGCAGUUUGGCGGGCCAAGCCCUCAAAUGCAGUCACAGGGUGUCACAGGAGCUUCUCUUCAAGUGCCUAUCCCCAUACCGUUAGCCAUGGGAAAUUCCCCCCAGGUCCAGCAGCCAAUGUUUGUUCAAGGUCUUCAACACCACCCAAUGCAAGCUCAAGGCCUCAUGCACCAAGGCCAGAGCAUGAGUUUUACAACUCAAAUGGGUCAUCCACUGCCUCCUCAGUUAGGGAACUUAGGUAUUGGUAUGUCCCCACAGUAUCAACAACAGCAGGGAGGGAAGUUUGGCGGUCCGAGGAAAACAACUGUGAAAAUUACUGAUCCAAAGACUCACGAGGAGUUGAGGCUGGAUAAGCGAACAGAUGUAUAUGGAGAUGGUGGAACAUCAGGCAUGAGGGCUCAUCCUAACAUGCCUCCUCAAUCCCAGCCUAUACCAUCUUAUCCACCUUCUCAUACAAUUAACUAUUUCCCUACCUCUUUUAAUGCCAGUAAUCUAUAUUAUCCCCCUCCAGGUUCUUUGCCGUUGACCAGUGGCCAAGUCCCUCCUGGGACUCAGCCACCUAGAUUCAGCUAUCCUGUUAACCAGGCCCCACAAAAUGUCUCAUUUGUCAACCCAUCUGUUACGGCUUCUCAACCUUCAGCUAAUAGCUUUUCUGCUACUGAUAAAAGUGGGUUGCAAAAGUCAUCCAAGCCCUCUGAAGUUGUCUCACUUCACUCUCGAGUGGAGACUCAGUCUGGGAGCUCCUUACAACAAGCGACUCUCGGGACUGAGACUUCUGGAUCUAAAGCAUUGAGGGUAUCAGCUAAAGAUCCUGCUUCAUCCACUGGUAAUGUUGUGUUUCCCAAUCCUCUCUCUGCUGCCUCGUCUGAUCAUUCUGAGGGAUUAGCACCAGGCACUACAAAUGCUGAAGUGAGGACGAAGGAGAACCUUAGCAGAUCCAAUUCCAUAAAGGACAAUCAGAAAAAGCCAGUGAAAAAAGAAUAUGUUCCGCCCCAGCAUGAGGUUGGUGUGAAAACUACUGCAGCUUCGAGUUUGUCCGCUUCAGUAGCCACUGAUGGUUUAACUGAUCCAAACAAGGAAUCAACACUGAUGAUAAAUGCUUCAAAGUCGGAUCUUACAGAAGCCACGUUUGGAAAUGUUGGAGUUGGUACUAGUGGGAUUCCUCUUGAAACUUCUGAUACUGGAGGUGCAACUAACAUCCCCAGUCUUCUUAAUACAACUGAGACUCUAGGGGCGAUAGAAAAAGGAGAAAGUGAAUUACCCAAUGUUGCUAAAUUGGAUGAAAGCAGUUCCGUUACGUCAUCGGCAGCAACUUCAAUGUUUGCAGACAUUGUGAAUAAUGCCCAGGAGAAAACUGAUUUGGCGUCAAUGAAUUCUGGCAAUGAGGCUCGUACUGUAGAAAUUGCACAUGAAGUACAGAAUGAACCUGUGACUUGCCAUACAGAAAUUACCAAGACAGCAGAUGAAAAAGAUAUUACCUCAUCCAGUAGUUUCAGUUCAUCAGUUGUUAUGAAGUUGGAUGGUGACGAAACUUUGGGCAAUGUAAACGAUACCAAUAUAGCCACUGACAGUGGCGAUUCUGGUGUUAGAUCAAGUACAGUGAAUCAGCUUGUUGACUGUGAGUCAGGGUUGAAGCAGGGAGAUGACUAUGGACAAUCUGGUUAUGUGGAAAAAACCUAUGAAUUGAGUAGAUCGAAGAGUAAUGCUGGUAAAGGGAAGAAGAAGAGGAAAGAAAUUCUUCAGAAAGCAGAUGCAGCUGGUACAACUUCUGACCUCUAUAUGGCUUAUAAAGGUCCUGAAGAAAAGCAAGAGAGUGUCAGUUCUACAGAAACUACAACUGGUAUGCCCACUAGUGCUAGCAUAAAGGAUGCAACUGCUGAUGAUUCUCUUCCUGUGGGUUCGACACCAAGUGAUAGAGGAGCAUCAAGUAAACCCGAACCUGAAGACUGGGAAGAUGCUGCUGACAUCUCCACACCGAAGUUGGAAAGCGUUGACAGUGGAAAGCCACCUGGGGCCAGUUUGUUGCAGCAGGAUGAAAAUGGAAACGUAGACAAGAAAUAUUCCAGAGACUUUCUCCUGAAAUUUUCUGAACAAUGUACUGAUCUUCCUGAGGGUUUUGAAAUUACAGCAGAUAUAGCAGAUGCCUUGAUGGGUCCAAAUGUCUCUCAUCUCGUCGAUCGUGAAUCAUAUACUAGCUCUGGAAGAGUUGUGGAUAGGUCAAACAGUGGAUCGAGAAUGGACCGGCGAGGUGGAAACAUGGGUGAUGACGACAGGUGGAACAAACAACCUGGUCAUUAUGGCUCAGGGAGAGAUCUGCGUGUAGAUAUAGGUUAUGCUGCAAAUAUGGGCGUCCGACCUGGUCAAGCUGGAAAUUUUGGUGUCUUGAGGAAUCCACGAGCUCAGAGCCCAAUGCAGUAUGCUGGAGGAAUAUUAUCUGGGCCAAUGCAAUCAGUGGGUGCUCAAGGAAUGUCCAGGAACAGCCCUGAUGGUGACAGGUGGCAGCGUGCUACCAAUUUCCAGAAGGGAUUAAUUCCUUCUCCGCAGACUCCAUUACAGGUGAUGCACAGAGCUGAGAGAAAGUAUGAAGUUGGUAAAGUAACUGAUGAAGAACAGGCCAAGCAGAGGCAACUGAAGGCCAUUUUGAACAAGCUCACACCUCAAAAUUUCGAGAAGCUUUUUGAGCAAGUGAAGGCUGUUAACAUUGACAAUGCAGUCACUCUAACAGGCGUUAUCUCUCAGAUUUUUGACAAAGCUUUGAUGGAGCCUACCUUCUGCGAAAUGUAUGCCAACUUUUGCUAUCAUAUGGCUGGGGAUUUGCCUGAUUUCACUGAAGAUAAUGAAAAAAUAACAUUCAAGAGACUACUUCUGAACAAGUGUCAGGAGGAAUUUGAGAGGGGAGAAAAAGAGGAAGAAGAAGCAAAUAAAGCUGAUGAGGAGGGAGAGACCAAACUGUCAGCAGAGGCAAGGGAAGAAAAAAGGGUGAAUGCUCGAAGAAGAAUGCUUGGUAAUAUACGGUUGAUAGGAGAGCUAUACAAGAAGAAGAUGUUGACAGAGAGAAUAAUGCAUGAGUGCAUCAAAAAGUUGUUGGGCCAGUAUCAGAAUCCUGAUGAGGAGGAUGUGGAAGCAUUAUGUAAGUUGAUGAGCACCAUUGGUGAGAUGAUAGAUCAUCCGAAAGCGAAGGAGCAUAUGGAUGCUUACUUUGACAGGAUGUCAAAAUUAUCAAAUAACAUGAAACUAUCGUCGAGGGUUAGAUUCAUGUUGAAGGAUGCUAUAGAUCUUAGGAGGAACAAAUGGCAACAGAGAAGGAAGGUCGAAGGGCCAAAAAAGAUUGAUGAAGUGCACAGGGAUGCUGCUCAGGAAAGACAGCAUCAAGGCGGCAGGGGUUCUCGGAAUCCUAGUACGCCUGCGAGAAGGGGAACAAUGGAUUUUGGCCCCAGAGGGUCAUCUAUGCACCCUUCUCCAAAUUCUCAAAUGGGUGGUUUUCAUGGUUUCCCCAGUUCACGUGGAUUCCCAAGUCAGGAUGUUCGGCAUACUAAUGAUGAUAGACAGUCGGCCUUAUCAGUUCCCUUGCCUCAAAGACCACUUGGCGACGACUCUAUAACUUUGGGUCCACAAGGUGGCCUUGCUAGAGGAAUGUCGAUUAGAGGGUCACCUGCUGCAAUUGCAGCAAGUCCUUUGACUGAUAUUUCUGCAUCACCCAGUGACUCUAGAAGAGUGGGAUCUGGUUUGAAUGGUUUUAGCGGUGUGUCAGAGCGUCCUAUUUAUGCCCCAAGGGAAGAUCUUAUGCCGAGAUAUGUUCCUGAUAGAUCUAACGUGCCCCAAGAUCGUAAUGUAAAUCAUGUUAGCAGGGAUGCUCGAAAUAUGGAUCGUGAUUCUGAUAGAUCUCAUGCUGCAUCACUACCUUCUCCAUCACAGGUUCCUAUUGAUAGCCAUAAUGCACCUUCAGAAAAUGCAUGGCCUGAGGAACGCCUAAGAGAUAUGUCAAUGGCAGCUAUCAAAGAAUUCUACAGUGCCCGAGAUGAGAGAGAAGUAGUCCUAUGCAUUAAAGACCUGAAUUCUCCAGGGUUCCAUCCUUCAAUGAUCUCACUCUGGGUCACAGAUUCAUUUGAGAGGAAAGACAUGGAGAGAGACCUCUUAGCUAAGCUUAUUGUAAGUCUUGCAAGGUCUCACGACGGAGCACUGACUUCAGGCCACCUUGUUCAAGGGUUCGAGUUGGUGCUAAGUACGUUGGAGGACGCUGUGAAUGAUGCCCCUAAAGCUGCAGAAUUCCUGGGACGCGUCUUUGGACGAGUUGUGGUGGAAAACGUGGUGCCCCUGAGGGAGUUGGGGCGGAUAUUAAAGGAAGGCGGUGAGGAAGCCGGACAGUUACUGGAGGUUGGGCUAGCUGGAGAUGUUCUUGGAAGCACUUUGGAGAUAAUAAAAGCAGAGAAAGGGGAGAGCGGGUUGAAUGAGGUCAAAUCCGGAUCCAGUUUACGGUUGGAGGAUUUCUUGCCUCCACAGCCCAGCAGAUCAAGGAUACUAGAAAGAUUUAUUUAGGCAUACAUAAAUAUAGGGGAGAGAGACAGAGAGCCAUGGAGGUCGGGUUGUAUGUGUUGUUAGAGAAGGGGAAUUCCAGUUUCUUUUUCUGCUAGUGCUGCUGCUCUUAGGUUUACUUAUCAUUUGAGUACGUAGUAGGAGAAGUUAUUAGUUUUUGCAUGUGGGUUCGGUUGGGGUCGGUCAGGAUGGUUUGGUUGGGGCCUUGGCUGGGCUGGCUGGCGUUUUUUUCUGGUCUUCUAAAUGUAAUGAGGCGCUGGAGGGAUUUCCCUUCUCCAUCAGUUCAGUGGGGUGAAGUUUAUUCUUGAAAAAUGUUAUUGCUCUCUCCAAACUUGUCAUAAACAAGGGCUGGUUUAAGCCGGUUUUGAUUUCCAUCUCAGAAACCAAUUGCCGGCCCUUUAGUGGCUGAUGGGAGUUAUGUGCAUCUGUUUUAUGUUGUAAAAAUGUGCAGGAGCUGUGGAGCCAAGGCCGUGCAAGUUGCUGGAAAUGGUGAUAUGCCUCUUUUCUGGGUUCUGGGUUUUUGCUCUUGGGAAUCUGGAUAAAUGAAUGUAUGGUGCAGAGUUGUAGAGUUAGUCUGUGUGAUGCACUGAAAAUUAACUUGCCAACAGAGCAGUUGUUGAAAUCGUGAAGCAUGAGAAGAGAAUGGAUGCUGAAGUGUUUACAAAGAGUAAAUUGGAGUAUGUGAAAACCAAUCAAUAUCUUGGAGAUGAAGUUAGGGAUUAAUAGGGAUAAUAUCCUUGAGUAGAUAGUACAUUGGUAACAUGCAAGAUGCUUUAGUUAACGACCUACAUACCCUUCAGAGCAUUAAAGCUGAGUUCACAACAAAAUGGUGAAACUUGGAUAAUGUUUAGGCUUCACCUUGCGUUUCAUUGUUUGGCACAUCGAGUCUAGUUAACCGUGUUGUAUCACUAUCGAUUGUUGUUUGCUUUCUUUCGUCCUUUAUCAAAGGGGGCACGAAAUGUGUGUUCUGCGAAAAUGGCAAGAUGAAGCAAGAAACCGGCUCGAUGUACUAUAUGGUAUGCGAGGGUGAAGGUAUCUCAUCCUAAAUGAUACCUCAUCAAGAAACUAUUGUCUAAGCAUAAUAGCUUCUCUUAGUUAGCCUAGAUCACAUCUUAAUAUGCCUUUUAUACUUUGUGAAUUUCCUUCUUCCACAUUGUUUUCCACCAAGACAACUUUAGUGUUUGAUUUCAAUGAAUGCACCUUUGAUUUCUAGAAUAAUGAUUAAUAACACGGGUCACACCACUCUAAACCAAUGUCGAACGAGGAUGUUUGAUGUUUUUGAUGGUUGAGAAAACUAAGUGAAGUUACUCCUACUCCUGUGGCGAUUCAGCGAGAACUCCAUAAACUAAAAGCUACGACUGUGGCUACAUUGCAGAGAAAUGAUAAAGUUUGACAUAUGGUGUCAAAUGUUUGGUUGUGGAACCCUUUUCAGUAUUCGUUUCUUCUAUUUUUAUAGCCAUCAGUUGUAAAUGCCUUGUAACAAUUAGCUAGCCUCCUACUCAAUCUCCCCAGGGCCCUUAUCACCGCUUUGGUGAUAGUUGGUGUCAGUUUGAUGGUCUCUCAUCUCGUCCUAACCGGAUGGGGUUGAGGUCUCCUCGCUUUAUCUCCGUCACAUUCGCCCUUCCAUCGAGCCUCCUUGACAACCCUGAUAGCCCUAAUGAUUUCAUACUUUGCUCUUUUGAUGUCGACUCAAUACCAUCUUCAUCUCGUUACCUAGCACGCCUCUUCGGCUUGUUUUCCGCAUCUUGUUAGGUAGGCCUGGUUACUCAUCUUUAUGGGAUGCAAAUUUAGCCCCUUUACACAUUAAGACUCCACACUUAGUCUUGGAGGGCUUGGUUUCAUCCUGUCGGCUUAUCACUUAGCUGACUUGACACCAAGUCCUCCUCGUCGACUUGUACUUGUUGCUACCAAGCAUGUCUCAUCAACUUGAUACCUUUUGGCUUGUAACCAAAUCUCUGUAAUCAACCUAACAUCUUGUC